UGCUGCUACUGUCACUUCUGCCGCUGCCGCUGUUGUUACAGAUUUUGCUUUUGCUCCUUCUACCGCAUGACAAUUGUUUUCCUCGUCUAAGCAGAUACCAGCCUCAGAUGCUCAAGGUGAGAGUCUUGCCUUUCGCUCUGGGCUAUUGGUUCACUUAAUCCGGUCAAUUUGUUCGGUGUUCGCGGUUUUCUUUCUCUCACCACCCUCCUUCCCCAUUUGUUUUGUUUUGCUUGCUUUUGGGGGGAUCUUUCUUCCCUCGCACAGAAGAGCUGGAAUUGCUUGAGAGGCACUUAAAGAAUUAUAAAAGUGGCCAGCAAACAGGAGCUCAAUAAUUGCAAAGCUACUCUUGCUUCAGAGAGGCAGAGAGAAACAGAGGGUUUGGGGGCAGGGGAGGCUGGGGGGUUGUCUCAUUUUUCCUGUGCGUUACUCCUCUCCCAGUUUGGAUGAUGUUGCUGAGCUCGGACCUUUUACUGACUCACACUCUGUGAUUUUUGCAGAGCACUGUGACUAUUACUACCGUCUCUUUUUGUCUGUGUCUCACAGUAAUGGACUGUGAUAGAGUUAAGGCCUUUCGGAGGUGAGCUGUUUGAGAGCUGAUGCUUAAACAUGUCUGAAGUAGCUGCCGACACUUUCCCCAGCCCCUCAGCUCAGCUGAGCCCUGAUGCGUCCCUCAACGGGCUGCCAGCUGAGGAGAGCAUGCCAGGGACCCAAAGAGAGGACAGGAGGGUCCAGGGGAUAGCAGGCCUUGCCGCAACCUGCUGUGUAUGCCUGGAGGCAGAGCGACUGAAGGGCUGUCUCAACUCUGAAAAGAUCUGCAUCGCCCCUAUCCUGGCUUGCCUGCUCAGCCUUUGCCUCUGCAUUGCUGGCCUCAAGUGGGUCUUUGUUGACAAGAUUUUUGAGUAUGACUCUCCUACCCACCUUGACCCUGGGAGAAUAGGACAAGACCCAAAGAGCGCUGUGGAUCCUACAGCUCUGUCUGCCUGGGUGCCUUCGGAGGUGUAUGCCUCACCCUUCCCUGUACCUAGCCCCAAGAGCAAGGCUGAAGUGACAGUGCAAAGUGACAGCUCGCUUGUGCCCUCCAAACCAUUCCUCCAGCCUUCUCUGUAUAACCGCAUCCUAGAUGUUGGGUUUUUGUCCUCUGCCGCACCUUCGCUGUCACCACCCGCCCUGGAGUCUACCACAGCGUCUCAGGCGCAAGCAACAGAAACCAAUCUCCAAACUGCUCCAAAACUUUGUAAGUAG